ACUAUAUGUAGUUAUCUCACAUUAUCCCUGAAGUUCAAUUGUCUUACUCUCCUUGAACCAUUUACAAGCAUGGUGACACCAAAAAAGAGCCUCUCAACAUCUUUAAAUGCAAGAACCAUAGGCUCAGGACCCGAAACAAUAGUUUUAUGUCAUGGUUUUGGAACAGACCAGUCUACAUGGAAUAAAAUUGUUCCUCUUUUAGCUGAAAAUUACAGUCUAGUUCUGUUUGAUUGGCCAUUUUCUGGAGCUAUUACAGAUAAAAGCCUUUAUAAUCAUGCAAAAUAUAAUUCCUAUGAACCUUAUGCUGAUGAGUUAAUCACUCUUAUGGAUGAGUUGGACCUCAAAUGUAUCACUUUUGUUGGACACUCUAUGGCUGCUAUGAUAGGUUGCAUUGCCUCCAUUAAAAAGCCUGAGCUUUUUAAGAGGAUUGUUCUUCUUUGUGCAUCCCCAAGGUAUAUAAAUACAGAUGACUAUGAAGGAGGCUUUGAGAGAUCAGAUAUUGAGAACUUAAUAUCAACCAUAGAGUCUCAAUACGAAAGCUGGGUUUCAGCAUACGGUCCUAUUGCAGUGGAUCCAAAUGAUGCUGACUCUGUUGACAAAUUUCAAAAAUGCUUGAAAAGAAUGGGUGGUGAAGUUGCAAUUACCUUAGCCAAAACUGUGUUUUUCAGUGACUAUAGAGAUAUGGUUGAAAAGGUAGUGAUCCCUUGCACAAUCAUUCAGUCAAGUAAUGAUGUGGCAGUUCCAAUAAGCAUAGGGCAUUACUUGGAUGAAAACAUUAAAGGAGUGUCUACUUUGGAGUUUAUAGACAUGACUGGCCAUUGCCCUCAGUUAACUGCACACCUGAGGUUGGUUGAGGUGCUGAAGGGUAUUGUGGGUUAGCCUUGAUUAGUGUUUCAGGGACACUGGUUAGCAUUUUUUUUUGUUUAAAUAAGUCGGGCUUGUCAUCUAGAUUUAUCUUCCCUUUUGUCAAGAGCUCAAUUCUCAAGUAUGUGUGAUUGGACAAAACUAAAAUAGUUUGUAAUAAAUCUAUCUCUAUAUAUGGAAAUGUAUUUGAUGGUAUUAUGUUAUAGUCUGUGAAAAAUCAAUUGUAAAGUG